UUUCUUAAAGGAAGUUGCUUGGAAAGUACUUUGCACCAUUUAUACGCGCAAUUGCUUACAUUGUUAUACCCUUUUUUGUGAAAGCAUCGGAAUAUACUCCUGGAUUUUACGUUGAUUCAACAACUUCAGUUUUUUCUUCUUCUUUAAGCUCUGUCAAACCUGCGGAAAGUGUUAGCAAUGGAGGUCGGUGCUAUAUUUAUGGGAAUUUUUGGGGUUUUAAGUUAUUUAAGUGGGGUAGCCAGUCUUGAUGAGAGGAAAAGAAUCCUCUUGAAUAAGACUGACUACUUGGUUGCUAGGAUGCAGGACAUUAAGAGAGAAAUUUCUUAUAUUCAAGGCAAGAAGCGAAAGCGAGAUCAUGCCAUCUGGGAUUGGAUGGCCGACGGUGAGAAACUCGUGGAGAAAGCGCGAUGCGUAUUAAGGGAAGUAGGAAAAUGGCGGGGCUUCCUUGUGGGUGAUGCAAGGAUGAGAUGGAAUGUUAGCAAAUUGAUUGAUGAUAUGAGAGAUCAUGACAAAAUUGGUGUUGUGCUCCUUAAUCAGGCCUUGUCUGAUGCUCGAGGUCUAUGUCAUGGCUUACAUUUACCGGUUAAACAAGUAGUUGGCCAAGAAGCUUCUGAGACUUUGGACCAGCUUAAGCUUCUGUUGGAAGGGGACAAGGCUGGAAGGAUUGCUAUUCAUGGCGAAAAAGGAAUUGGUAAAACCUUUUUGAUGAAGCACCUGCAUAACUAUGCGUUAGGCAGGUUUGAUUAUGUUUUUUGGGUCUCUUCCCCUGAUAAGUUCACUGUCAAGUGUGUGCAAGAUGCUGUUGCCGCAGUUGUUAAAUGUGAUCUUUCAAGUGAUGAUUUAAAUGUAAGGGCUGCAAUGUUGAGACAUAAACUUGCGGGUCUUGGCAGCUUUGCAAUUUUCUUAGAUGGUGUUGCUGAUGUACAUGAAUCUGAUAUUUCUAUGGACCUCAUAGGAAUUAUAGUUCCUGCAGCAGGCAGCAAAUGCAAGGUGGUAUUAAGUACCUCGACCUUGCGAUGGAGAAUGUUUAAACGCUUUGCGGCAGUCAAAGUUGAGCGCCUUUCAGAAGAUGCAGCAUGGCAAUUGUUCAAGCUCGAAACUGGAAUUGGCAAGGAUUUUGUGUCUUCCCUUGUUGACAUGCCUAGGUUACUUGUGAAAACAUGUUGCGGAUUGCCACAUAAGAUUGUAAACUUAGCUACUUACAUGUGUGGCAAAGUUGACCCCCGUGAAUGGAGGUAUGAACUAUCUCAAUCAGGAUGUCAUGAGUUGGAGAACAAAUUUCCAAUAAUUCCUGAACUUGAGCGAGAGAAUAAAAGGCUAAAGAAGGACAUCAUUCAUUCUCCAAUGUCUCUUGGUUGGGUGGAGUCGGCAGGUCUUCAGAUGUCUGUUCUUCAAGAGGCAUGUUUGAUAAUACUGUGAACUAGCUGCUCAAGGAGCUCGGCAUCAAGAGAACAAUUAGAUGUAUCUGUUGAGUCUUUUUUUAUAUAGCCAAUGAUGCUAUCUUGGUAAGCUAUACACCUAAACUCACCCUCAGGCUCACAUUAGGAAACAAGGAGUAAAACUUCUGACAGGGAAGGCAUUCAUAGAAGUAUACUGAUUCCUCUGGCGUUUACCCAACUUCUUUUUGAAUAACUAUGCUUUUGCCAUUUAAUUAUAUAACAUGAUUAUAGUAGAAUUUUUAAGCUGUGAUUGCAACUGGUCCAUCAUGUGUCUUAUCUCUUCGUGACUAUCUUAUGUUUUAAUCUUUGUUUUGUUUUGUUUCCUCUUUGCAUAACUUGUCCUGACAACAUCUGGUGACGAAUCAUCCAAAUUACUAGUAUAUUUUGUGGGCUGCGGCUCCUCACAGCCCAUGUCAUGCCAUCCAAGUUGCUGCUGAUGCGAAUGUAGAUGCAUCUUACUAGUUCUCCAUCCUAUUAUGGAAUCACCUUCAUAUUUAUGCUGCAGGGAUUCAACUGAUAGGAGAAGAUUUUAGCCUAACAGCUUCUGGCAGGCAGAGAAUGGCUUCAGUGACUCACAUUUUGAUUUUACGAGGAUGAUUCUGUUUUUUCAUCCCUUGCCAGCAGCCAACAUUUUCUCCAUGUAGUAAGAGAAAGGGAGAUCAGAUCUUAUUAUUUUUUAUGGCAAUGUUCUGUAUAUCUGCUGCUUUAUACUUAUAUUUUGUGAAUCAAUUUUCCCCUAAACAAUGUAUUUGUUUCCUGCUUUGGAAGUUGCAAUGCAAGAUUUGAAAUGAUGGUCAAUACUGAUGCAAGGGCAAAGAGUGCAAUUGUGCAAAUAUAUUCAGAAUGGAUAAAAA